UCUCAGGUCAUCUGCAGCUGCAGCAAAGGAGAAGCAGGAAAGAUGGCGAUCAUCCAUUAGACCGACCGGGCGCACGCAUGAAAUACGAGGACAACUUUUGGGAGGAUCGCUUGAGGAGAAGAUUGUACCAGUUUCCCUGAUUUUCCAGGGAGUGCUCCCUCUUUUUAGCGAUGGAGGUAUUACAGUGUGAUGGCUGUGACUUCCGUGCCGAGUCAUAUGAUGACUUGAAGACCCACAUUCAGGAAGUGCACACUGUUUUCCUGCAGCCUGCAGAUGCAGAUGAGUCUGACUCUCUGAAAGGCGAGGAGGAAGAUGAAGAGGAAGAGGAGGAAUAUGAGGAUAAGGAUGACAAGGAUUAUACACCUCCUAAAACUGGAAUGAGCCCCAGCUCUACUGACGGUUCCAACCAAACAUCACAAAAGCAGACAGCUGAAACCCAUCUGCCGUUUUACCAGUGCAAGUUCUGUGUCCGUUACUUCAGAUCAAAGUCAUUCUUGAGAAACCACACCAAAAAAGUGCAUAAUGUUGUAGAGGAAGAUUCUGACGCAAGUAUCUCCUCACAGACAGCUAAGCAGCCCGGCUACACCGUUAUCAUGCACAACGACCAUUCAAAAGUGUAUUCUUGUCAUUACUGCACAUAUAAGUCUCCACGCAAAGCAAGGAUAAUGAAACACCAACUAAUGUAUCAUAGCAAGGUUCCCUCUGAGAGCUCUGGAGAUCCCUCAGAAUACGCUGAGACUGCAGAGGAAUCUGACGCAGCCAGUGGACUCUUGAAGGGAACAUUUGCCUGUGAGUGGUGUGACUAUCAGACUGACCAGAAGGACAGCUGGACUAAUCACGUGGUGAAGGAGCACAGCGACAAGGUCAAGAUAGUUUCCUGCAUUGCAGAGCUGGAAGGAGAGGCAAGUGCAAGCUCACCUAAACCAGAUUCUCCCUCCUCUCCCCAUAGCCCGACUAGAUCAAAGAUGAGUUUUGCUGAUGCUUGUGGAAAGGAGGAGGAGACAGGAGAAAAAACACCAGAAAACACAUUGGAGAAGUCAGUCUCAGAGAUUUCAUCCUUUCAUUAUGCACAGAUUAGUGCAGUAACACCCAACAGCACAGGUUCCUCUAUAUUGUCCAAGAGGUUUGCUUCAUCUGAUGCCCCCAAUAGUGUCAUAGAGAUGGAUGCCAACUUGCUCAAUGAGGAAGACUCUAGGAGCAGCUUAGAGGAUGACGACGACGAAGAUUUGGGCGAUAUAGAUGAUCCCAGCUAUACUGGAACCCUGUCAGCAGAUGCAAAGCAGCUUUUAACUGAUGAGGAUAAUAAAUUACUGGAGACAAAAGGAAUACCUUUCAGAAAGUACAUGAACCGUUUUCAGUGUCCCUUCUGUUCCUUCCUCACCAUGCACAGGCGGAGCAUCUCCCGCCACAUUGAAAACAUUCACCUUUCUGGCAAAACCACAGUGUAUAAAUGUGAUGAAUGCCCGUUUAUUUGCACCAGCCCUCUUAAACUAGGCACGCACAAGCAGACCCACAAUUCCUCAGAUUUAGAGACCUUGGACCUAACAAGUGAUAGUCCAGAACCUCAGAAUGACAGCGCUGAAGAGCCAGUUAAUGGGGGUAAUGUGAGCUCCAAAGUCAAUGGAAAAAAGACAACCAGCACACCGAAUGACCAGCAGAAUCCUCAUCGCUGCACGCUCUGCAGCUUUUCCACCACCACUCUGAAAGGUCUGAGGGUUCACCAGCAGCAUAAGCAUUCCUACUGUGAUGACCUAGAUCCCUCUGUCUUUGAAAGCCAGCUGACUGACCAGCCAGACUCUGAAGUGGAUGCUUCUCCGAUCUUUCUGCAAAAAACCCAGACCUCCAUUUUAGGACUUGCCACCAAAAAGCCCCUAGUGACAGGGAAAAGAGCCAGGAAGUCCAUUAAUGACUUGCCUUUGGACUUGUCCUCAGUAAAGAAGAGAACUAGAAUUGAUGAAAUUGCCAGUAACCUUCAAAGUAAGAUAAGCCAAAGCCAGCAGGACAUGAUUAUAAAUCUAGAUGACAUGGAUGAUGAAGAUGCAGGAGAAAAUCACACCACUGCUGAUAAAGAGGGUGGAAACCAUGACAGCAAAAACCCAGUUUUUGCCUACAACACACAACAUGCAAGAGAAUCGAUGAUCUCUCACGAGGGAGGCAGAAUAGGAAAAAGAAAAAGCAACCCCAAGUCAAAACCAAGAAACAUUCCUAUAUCGCUGACUCUCUCUGAUGAUAGUGAAAACAUCUCUGCUGAUCCCAGUGACAGUGCUGUCCAAGAGAAUACUGAAUAUUCAGAGGAAACCGGAACAACACGCUUCUACUGUAAACACUGUGAUUACCACAACAAGUCAGCUCGUAGCGUCAGCACCCACUACCAGAGGAUGCACCCUUACAUCAAGUUCAGCUUUAAGUACAUCCUGGACCCUGAAGACCAGAGCGCGGUCUUCCGGUGCUUAGAGUGCUACAUUGAAUACACAAAUUACAAUGAUCUGCACCAACACUACAUGGAUCAUCACCCUGAAGCAAGCAAUGUGCUCAACUUCAACCAGCCACAUCUCUUAUACCUGUGCCGCUUCUGUUCGUAUACAAGCCCCAAUGUCAGGAGCCUAAUGCCCCAUUACCAAAGAAUGCAUCCCACAGUGAAAAUCAAUAAUGCCAUGAUCUUCUCCAGCUAUAUAGUGGAGCAGCCCCACAAAACGGGUGAAUCGCAAACUCUGAGGGAAAUAUUAAACUCUGGCCCCAAGACUUUUAACUCAGCCUCGUCAACACCCAGGUCAUCCUCCAGCCCAGUGCUGAAAACUGUUUCCAAGACCCCUGAAACUAGCACUGAGGCAGACCCUCUUAAAGAAGCUAUGGGUGGCAAUGUUGUUGUCUAUGAUUGUGAUGUGUGUUCCUUUGCUAGUCCCAACAUGCACUCUGUUCUGGUCCACUACCAGAAGAAACACCCAGAGCAAAAGGCAUCUUACUUCCGUAUACAGAAAACCAUGAAGGUCAUGUCAGUGGAUCAGUCACAGCCUGCGGCCAACUCCUCAUUUAACCUCAGCAUGUCUACACCUCCAAAACAAUCAAGUGCAGCACUGUAUGGAUCAGAUGAAGAAAUGUACUAUUGUAAACACUGUGUGUACAGCAACCGAUCUGUUGUUGGUGUGUUGGUCCAUUAUCAAAAAAGACACCCAGAAGUAAAAGUGACAGCAAAAUAUAUCAAACAUGGGGCUCCCACCCCUGGUUUGAUGAAAUUAAUGGAUGAACUGCAAAUUGCAACACCCAAACAAUUUCUGAAGCAGUUUCAAAAUAACGGUCACGAUGGCUCUAACAACUCAAGCCCUAAACCAGGAAGUGGUGAGAAAGGCGAGGAUGAACUGUUCUUUUGUCAGCACUGUGAUUAUGGCAACCGCACUGUUAAAGGAGUGCUUAUUCAUUACCAGAAGAAGCAUAGAGAGACCAAGGCUAAUGCUGACCUUGUACGUCGUCACACUGCAGUUGUCCGGAGUCAGCGCGAGCGUGCGCAGAUGGUUCAGUCAGGUAGUGUGUCUUCUGCCGUGAUCCCAGCCCCUCCUGACCCUGAAAAUGCUACGCCUCUGCGUUCCCUGAAGUGCAGACACUGCUCGUACACAUCCCCCUAUGUCUAUGCCCUAAAGAAGCAUCUGAAGAAAGAGCACCCCACUGUGAAAGCCACAGCCAUGACCAUUUUACACUGGGCUUACCAAGAUGGCAUUCUGGAGGCUGGCUACCACUGUGAAUGGUGCAUUUACUCCCAUGCUGAACCCCAGGGCCUGUUGCUCCAUUACCAAAGACGCCAUCCUGAGCACAAUGUCGAUUACACAUACAUGGCCAGCAAGCUAUGGGCUGGGCCAGAAACCACCCAGCAAGGGGGCAAUAUGGAAACUAAACAUUACAAAUGCAGAGACUGUGCCUUUGAGGCCUGUACAAUAUGGGACAUCACCAGUCACUAUCAGGCAGUCCACCCCUGGGCCAUCAAAGAGGAUGAAUCUGUGCUUUUGGAUAUCAUCAAAGGUAAUGGCUCGGCUGAAAAGAUCCACCAGCAGGUUGCCAAAGAACAAUCGUCUUUCAAUUGCCAGUCUGUUGAAGAUGAUGGAGCGCUGGUCAUUGCCACCCCACCUCAAGAAAGCAAUCCCCAUCCUGCCCACCCACGUCUUUCCAUCUCUAACAAUCCUUAUCAGUGCACUGUAUGUCUGUCAGAGUACAACAGUCUUCAUGGCCUCCUCACUCACUAUGGAAAGAAGCACCCGGGCAUGAAAGUAAAAGCUGCAGAUUUUGCACAGGAGGCAGACAUCAACCCCAGUUCUGUGUAUAAGUGUCGUCACUGUCCAUAUGUAAACUCUCGCAUCCAUGGUGUCUUAACUCACUACCAGAAAAGACACCCAUUAGUGAAAGUCACUGCAGAAGAUUUUGCAGAUGAUAUAGAGCAAAUUUCUGACUUAAAUGAAGGAGAUGACAAGUGCAAAACUCAAAGGCAGGGCUACGGUGCAUACAGAUGCAAAAUGUGCCCAUACACACAUGGGACACUGGAGAAACUAAAAAUCCAUUAUGAGAAGUAUCACAAUCAGUCAGCCUCCGAUAUGUUCACUCCCUCUCUGACAAAUUUCUCUUCCAGUAAAGAGAUAGAGCCAGUAGGUGAAUGCAGUGCUAGUAAUAUAUCUAGUUCAGCAAAAGUCCAGGAGGACAGUGAAUUGGACCUUGCUCUCUCGCAGUUACCCAUCAAUAAGACAGAAAAACAUGCUGUAUUCAAGUGUCAGCUCUGCAAAUACUUCUGUUCCACAAGGAAAGGCAUCGCUCGCCACUACCGCAUCAAGCACAACAACGUCCGUGCUCAGCCAGAGGGUAAAAACAAUGUCUUCAAAUGUGCUCUGUGUUCAUACACAAAUCCUAUACGCAAAGGCCUGGCAGCACACUACCAGAAGCGCCAUGAUAUUGAUGCCUAUUACACCCAUUGUCUGGCUGCUUCCAAGACUUUAAGUGAAAAACCUAACAAAGUGAUGGCACCCUCGCUAUCAGAGGGAGAAAAUUCAGAAAUGAGUGAAGACCUACGUUUGGCUGUGGAGAGACGAAGGUGUUCUCUUUGCCCCUUCCAGGCCUUCAGCAGAAAGAGCAUUGUCUCGCAUUACAUUAAACGCCACCCAGGUGUCUUCCCCAAGAAGCAGCAUGCUAGCAAGCUUGGUCGCUACUUUACCGUUAUCUAUGCCAAAGAACCUGAGAAGAUUGCUGUCAGUGCAAUGGCAGAGGAAGACAAGGGAGUGCUGGAGGUUCCGCUUGAACCCGAGCAGGACAGAGAGGUUGAAUGGCUACCAUUCAAGUGUCUAAAAUGCUUCCGGUUGUCCUUCAGCACAGGCGAGCUGCUCUCUAUGCACUACAACGACCACCACAGCAAUGACCUCAAGAGGGACUUUGUGGUGUCGCCCGGUCCCGGGGAUGAGGACUCUGAGUUGUACCAGUGUUCUCACUGUGAGCUGAAGUUCCUGGCUCUCCCAAUUCUGGCCAAGCAUCUACUGAAUCACAAUGAGGAGUUUCAGAAGAGGGCCAUGAGGCAGGAGAGGAGGAAGCAGCUUCUCAGCAAACAGAAAGCUGCAGAACUACCUGACACCAAACUUGAGAAGGAAAGCCCUGUAAAUAAAGCUCCCAUAGGAUUCAGGUGUAACUUCUGCAUUGAGGUGCACCCCACCCUCCGAGCAAUCUGCAACCACCUAAGGAAGCACGUCCAGUAUGGAGAGGUCAAAGAGGGACAUGUCAAGCAGGAAGUCAGCGAGGUCCCCCUGACCCUGCCUUCGGAGAGCCUCACAAAUGGAGACCUGGAGGGGGAUGAAGCAGCUGAAGCCGAUGGCUUCGAGAGACCUGCGGCCACAGCAAUGGGCCCGUCCUUGGUUUCCGCAGCCUCUGGUGGUGUUGCUGUUGCCGCGGAGAUGGUUGAUCCAGAAACGGAUGCUGUUGAAGGAAGUGCAGUGGCCCUCGCGACUGUGGUGUCAGAGGGCCAACUGAAGCAACGGUUAGCCGCAGGGGGUCACCCAUGUGCCCAGUGCGACCGAGUCUUCAUGUCCAUGCAGGGACUGAGGUCCCAUGAGAGGAGCCACUCAGCCAUGGCACUGUUCAGCAGAGAGGACAAAUACAGCUGCCAGUACUGCCAGUUCGUCUCACCUUUCAGACACAACCUGGACAGACAUGUGCAGUCUCACCACGGGCACCACAAGCCCUUCAAGUGCAAGCUCUGCCCCUUUAAAUCUGCCUACGUGAGUCGCUUGAAGAGCCACCUGCAUAAGGCACACACAGGUGAACAGCACACAUACAAGUGCUUGUCGUGCCCUUUCUCCUCCAUGACCAUCAGUCAGCUGAAGGAGCACUCUCUGAGAGACCAUGGUGAGGCCCUGACCCUCUCUAAACUCCGGGCUGCUACCCAGGCUGCUCAUGCCACCCUCAGGCCCUCCCGGCUGGCCAGUAACACAGAGCAGACUCCCUUGGCCUCAGAUGAUCCAUCGUACCUGGAGCCAGCAGAUGUUCGUCAGCAGCUUAGUCACUACCAGCUGGCCUCCCGCAGUCAAAUGUCUUCCGGCUCAGCGCCUGGUGGCCCAACAGUGGCUGACAAUCGACCAGACGGCGUCCUCACUUGUGAGUUCUGUGAGUUCAGCUCUGGAUACAUGCAGAGCCUUCGCCGGCACUACAGGGACCGCCACGGUGGCAAGAAGCUCUUCAAGUGCAAAGACUGUUCCUUUUUCACCUGCUACAAGAAUACCUUCACCAUGCAUGUGGAGGCUGGACACAACAACAAUGCUCCUGAGGACCUCCAUAAAGACCUGCGCUGCCCUCUCUGCCUCUACCACACCAAACACAAGAGCAAUAUGAUUGACCACAUUGUCCUACACAGAGAGGAGCGAGUGGCUCCGCUGGAGGUCAGCCGCUCCAAGCUGUCACGCCACCUCCAGGGUCUGGUAUUCCGUUGCCACAAAUGCACCUUCACAUGCUCCAGUGACCAGGCCCUGCAGCUGCACCUGCAGAAGCAUGCUGAGAUCAAGCCCUACCAGUGCCAGCUCUGCUACUAUGACAGCAGUCGACGGAGUCAGCUAGAGGAGCAUCUCCGCCUUGAGCACAAGGUUAUCCGCAACUUUGAGCUGAUGGGCCGGGUCAACCUGGACCAGCUGGAGAUGAUAAAGGAACACGGGAGCAGCGCAGAGGAGGAAGAGGAGAGAGAAAUGAUGGAGAUGGUAGUAGAUGGAAAAGUGGCUGCAGAGGAAGAGGAGGACGAGGACGAUGAAGGAAUGGAAAUUAUGGAAAACAUAGUGGAUGAACAGAGAGAGAUGGAUGAUGAGGAGAUAGAGGACAACAUCAAAGAGGAAGAGGAGGAGGAAGAGGAAGUUAAGGGGUUGGAGGAAGAGAAACCUGCCCUACAAGAGGUCCUUGCAUCUCCUACCAGCAGCAGCAGUUCUGGACCGAGCUCUGCAGAGAAGCGUCUCCCCUGCGAGUUCUGCGGCCGCUGCUUCACCAACAGCCUCGAGUGGGAACGACAUGUCCUUCGACAUGGCAUGACAGUUAGCAACAGUCGGAUGGACACCAGCACCACUGCAGCAAUAGAGGCCUCAGCUUCAUCUUCCACUGGCUCUUCUGUCUUGAUGGACAAAGGACUGGACCUGUCCAGCAACAGAAAAGAAGAAGGGAACCCUGCUGAUCUGUCACUCAAAAGUCAAAGCCAGUAUGUGGAGGACAAAGAAAUGCUCGACACCAAAAAGGAUCAACAGUUUGGUUGAAUAGAUUUUGGCCUCUAGGGAUAUUGUGCUAGAAAACGAUAACAUUGGGUAGGAUCAGCACUGAGUUGGAUCUUAAAAUAGAACGUCAAAGGAAAAAAAAAGAUUGAAAUGGAAAAAAAGUGACUUCUUAUGAGUUGGCACAUCAUUAGAUUUUAGGUGUUACAUAUAUAAGUAUUAGGUUGUGCUGCAUAAAAUGGCUGAGCUCUUUAAAUGAGCGGUCCCCUAGGACAGAUCUUAAUAUAUUGGUAACCAAUAGUGAACAGAACUCUUUAUUGCUGACAUUCUGGUCAAAUCUACAGUGAAAGAUCCCACCUAGAUAAAACUAAGCUAUUUAUAAAGAACUUUGUCCAAAAUGAUAAACUAAAUUUAGCAUUUUAUUAAUCGAAGCACCUUUUACACUCCCCCCUGCUCAUCCAAAACAGGGGUACUGUAAUUUUACAGAGAAGAAACAAACCAGAUAAGAAAGCAUUUACAACCGUGGCCCACUGUAGAGCUACCUUUGCUUGUUUCUCGUUGAAAUUUUUCAUCUUAGCCUUGUGUUAAAUGUGUAGAAGUAUUCCUUGAGGAAGAGUCGCACCUUAUCUAUUUUAGCAAAAUCACAAAUCACGUUUUGUUCAUUUGCAGAAAUACUGACAAUUUCCCCCAAUGUUUGUAGCAAAUUGCUAUAUUUUAGGUCCCCUAAUAUUAUACUACGUAUAAGCCUUCAGCCUGUGGCACCCUUCACAUUUUGACUGCACUGUUUUGUUGUCCAGUAAUUUCACUGAUUAUAUCAUGGAAAUAAUGAUAAAACUUUAAAAUGUCCUUUCCCCUGUAGGAUGUCAUGUUGUUUGUGAUCCAGGUUACCUGUAUCACAGGUAACCUGUGCACUCAGCAGAUCAAAGUAACAACAGAGUUAUGUUAACUGUAUCAUAACUGAACCCGUAUGAAAGUAUCCGUUAAGGGUUAGCCUGGAACAUAACUACAGGUUUUAACAGUAGUGGCAUCUUGACCAAGAGACAGAAAUUACACUUGUCUUUUCAGUGCAAAAUAUGUGAUUGGAUGUGUCAGAAUCCAGCUCUGUCCACACACGUUUAAUGACAGAUGGUUAAGAGACUUCUCAGACAUUCGUACGGCGUGUGGUACAGUUCUCUUGAUUACACUGUCUACAGGAUCAGACUACACUAUGUACAGACCAAGUGUCGACCACCAUGGCUGUGUGCUGACUCCAGUCUGCAAGUGCCUUACAAUGCAGUUCCACUGCUGGCCACUAUAAGGCUUUAAUUGCUUUAAGCAAAAACUGCAGCUGUUUUAAAGUAACUACAAAAAUAUCCAACUUCUCUCUGAAAAAGUAAAGUCAAGAUUUAUUCCCACAGGAAUUUUAGGCCUCAACAGCUGUUUUCGUUCAUCCUAAUGUGUGCCUUAGUGGCAAUUUUGAGAGUCAUUAUUUAAUUAAGAUUGGAUUAGAUCAAAUUAGAUUCAACUUUAUUCUAACAGCAAAAUAGGGUUUAGCAUCGACCCAGAUCAGAUCAAAGAGGCUCUUGAGGCUCAAAGCAUUGGUCGAGCCCGAUUACAAAAAAAUAUAUAUUUUUUUCGAUUUCAGCCUCUAAUAGUCAGGGCUUUAGUUCCUUUGCCAGCAGUUUGAGAUAUGCUCCUCUUAGGUUUCUGCUGCCACCCUAAUGGCCAGUGGAAGAGAAUGGAAUUUAUUACACUCACAGGAUUAAGAAAUUAGAGCAGUUUUCAGUGGAAUUCUUUUCUACCAAAUAAAUAGAAUGAAACCUGUUAACAGUGUGUUCUACUUUAUUAUCUAGAGUAAAGGGUGGGGGGCCGUGUUUAGGGAAAGAAGCGCUGCUAGUGUGUGUGUGGUUUUCUUGUUUGUUUUCGAUGAUGUGAGCACCACAAGUGAAAUUCCAUGCUAAAGUGGGUACGUUCAGAGCCAUGUUUGUCAGGCGUGUUGGCCUUUCAAAGUCAGCCCUGGUGAUUACCUCAACUCCAUCCAGGUUCCUCCACAGUGUCCAUAUUUGGAUCUACAGGCUCCAAACAACUGACAAGCUGGAAGCGAGCGUCUAGGAAAACUCAAAUCUAGGCUUCAAAAUGUCUCUUAAGAAACUUAUAGCUGAUGUCACAGACAUGGUCAAACAGACUAUGGUCCAGUUUCAAAAUGAUAGGAUACUCUGAAAAGACAAGUGUAACUAGGUCAAAAAGCCAUAAAAACAUUUGUUUCCACAUAAAUAGAGAAUAAAGGUGCCACUGGGACUGUAUGUUAAAAAGUUGAAGACUUUUUAAAGGUGUCAAAUCCCCCAAUUUAGACCCCUAAAUUCUUACCCUGUGUUGACAUAACUGUCAUAGCCUGCAUUUGUGUGCUUCUUUUUAGACAAAGUUGUCAUGUUAUUGUUGAUAUUGACAAAAGGCAGAGAUUGUAUUUGCUGGAAUUUGCUGCUUGAAUGCCCUAAAGCCUUAUAAGAAGUGAAUAGCAAUUAAGUGAAAUUUAUGUUCAAUUCCAAUGAGACCAAUAGGCAACGUUAAACAGUCUGAAAUCAAAUGACUGAUAGCUACAAUUUAAAAUUUGAAGAGGAACACUGUUAAUCUAAUGGUGUUCUUGGUACCAAAAUAUUUACCAAGCCUGCUGUGUUUGCUGCUGUGAUUGUCUUUCCUGAGCAUUGAACCUUUGAUGGAAAUGGGAAAUCUGGGUUUGGACCAUAGAAUUUUAGAAUUAGAGUUCUAUGGGUGGAACCCAGGUAAACUACAUGUUUGCAGCCAUGUAUAGAAAACAAAACUACUCGUUAAGUGUUUGAACUGUGGUGUUUCAGAAAGGAUACUUUAACCCUCUUUUCCUUUAGGUGUUCUUAUUUUUAAAAAAAAGAGAAAAAAAAAUUAAGGAUGAUAGAUAACCCUUAGGGGCUUUUUGAGUCCCCAAUCCAACAUUAUUACGCUGUUGUACAAUGUCUGGUUACAAUGAAAAAUAUCUCCUUUUUUUGUACUGUAAUGGGAUUGAGCAGAUAGGAAGAGCAGUGUGGUUGUACAAUAUUUAAACACAUGAAGGAUAAUGAUGCAGUUCUCUCAUAAAUAAUGACCAGGCUUUUUUUGAAGAAAAAAAAAAAACAUGGCAAAGUAAGAGACAAGAAAAAAAAGUGUUCCUUUGGGAGCAUCUCCUUAAUCUGCUUGGUCUUUUUCUGGGCUUGGCCACCAUCUGGGUUCACAGUCAACCUAUAGAUCCCUCUGAGAUCUAGCUCACUCAUGUCUAAUCCAAAAUCUGACACUCCAGUAUCUUCUAUCCACGGUCAGUAAGGGCAGGAAGGCCUGCCCUUAGUGUACCCAGUCAACAAUAGGCGGGACUGUAGCAGCCCCACGCCGCUCCUCAGUCCUUUUAAUACCUUAAAAACACGUUUAGUUGGUGCUGAAUCUCAAAGCCCUUUUUCUGUUUUACAGGACCAGCUUGUAGCUUUUUGAAAGUGAAACUGUUUGAAAAUUGUUGUUGUAGUAAUAAGCUUUGUAAGGCAGCUUGUUGCCCAGCUUGAAAGCCCAGUGUAAACCAGAUGAUAAAUUGGGACAAUCUGGGUAAUGAAGCUGUGAACCCAAAAUUAUUUGUUGUUCUGUGAUCAUUUUAAUAGAAAAUGACUAUGAAUCCCUCACUGUGUGCAGUCUGUAGACUGUAAUACCCCCCAUUUACCCAAAGUUAAACCCCUGCUGACAACACACUGGAUACUUGUAUAUAUGUUUAGUUUGUUUCUGAUGCAUUUCUCUUUUCAGACUGUUGUCUCCAUAGUUUGACACUAGAAUCUCUCCUUCUUGCCUUUCUUCCCAUAUAAAUCUGAUUACCUGAUGGUGGGUUGUGAUGUUGCCUAGAAUGAUUGUUUACAAUUUUAUUCCAUUUAUCUCUGGAUAUUAUGUAAAUAUUGUAAUUCAUUGUCUUUUUUUAACUUGAUAAUAAAGUUAUCAGAUAACG